UCCCCUCCCCACAUCACCCCCCUCUCUCUCUUACUCUCUCCCCCAUAUCAUCCAUAAUGUCUACCUUGACCACCAUCAAGAACGCCACGGCGCUCCAUCUCCCUGCUCCGGGCGCCACCCCCGUCCCCCUGGCCCACGGUGACCUCCACCUCAACCUCUUGCCGGCGGCACCUCCCGAGCGCCCGACCGACACGCUCAUCAUCACCGUCGGCGCGUCCAGCUUCCCGCUUGCUCCCAACUCGUCUGUCCAGCGCACGCGGAGCAAGAAUGAGCACCCCAGCUUCAUCUUCACGCCGGCGCCGCCCGCUGGCGGGCAGAGCAUUGGCCAGGUCCGCAUCGACAUGGCCGACAGCAAGAGCCCCGAGGCGUGGGAAUCCACCGAGGAGGCUUGCAAGGUCCUCCAGGCCGAGCUCAAGGCCCAUAACCAGUGGGAGGACAAGGUGCUCUUCGUCGACGACGAGUACGAGACUGGCGGACCCAUCACUGGCCCCAAGUCUGGCUGGGGCGAGACGAUCGCGUCCUCGCUCUGGGGCUUUGGCUCGGCCAUCUCGUCGCGCAUCACCGGCGGUCCGGAGCCGACUCUGCCCACCACGGCGCCGGCGCCGAUCGCGUCGCCUUCGUCGCCCGUCGGCUCGCAGUACGGCCAGGGCAACUUCCGCUCUUUUGCCGCCGACUCGUGGAACCAGGCUACGAUCGCCGCCAAGGGCUUUGGCGAGGCCGCUGUCGCUGUUGGCGGCGCCAUCGGCCAGCAGGCCAAGCACGCCGUCGAGGGCCUCCAGGCGCCGCCCGUACCCCCCAAGGCUGAGGGCGCUGAGGGCGCUACCGGUGCCGCCGGUGUCGCUCCUCCCGCACCUCCCAAGGAUGCCGCUGCUGCUGCUUCUGCCCCUGCUGCCGCUUCCGCCUCCUCCGGCCCCCCCGCGAGCUCCUUCUCUGUCGGCGGCGAUGACGACGGUGUGUCGACAAAGUCGGUCAAGGACGAGCCCAUCAAGGAUGACGAUGAGUCGGUUGCCGUCAAGGAGACUGUCACCAAGGACACCAAGUAGAGCAAGCGCAGUAGCGCGAGCAGUGUGCAGCGCCCGGAUUGAUGGCAGUGGCUUGAUAGGACCGUACAAUGCGUCCGCACGACCGCCUGUAACUAGUAUGGAUUGUCCCAUGUGGC